ACGGUCAAAAACAUCGAAAAUGACUUAAUUCUUGAGUUCUACGUCGAGGAAAAAGUCGGAGACCGCGAACCACCUAGCUUCUGGGUUGAAGCUAGGCAUAAUAUUAACAAUAAAUAUCUCUCCAAUAAAACAAACGCAAUAAACCAAAAUUCCCGUUCAACCACCGCAAUCCUUAUUGGUACCAUUACCUACAAAAUAUCUACAGGAAAGCAUGUAAUCAUCUUGGAAGACAUUUCCUUAAUCACCUCAAAUCGCAAUGAUUCAUCCGCCCAAUCAAUUACUCCGCCAUGGCUAUCCCAAUCAAGUAUCCCAGGCUAUGCAAGAGCGAAUCGUCAGCCACAGAGUGCCGCUCCGAAGACUCCAAAAAAAGGACGCAAUACCUUGUCUAAUAUGGAUCCAACAACCAACCCCAUUCCAAACAUGUCUACUCAACAAACACCUCAAACACCUCAAACUUCUCAAACUUCUCAAAAUCCUGGAGGCGAAGGCUCACAAAACUAA